UGACGUAAAACGUCAUUUUGAGCCGACUACGCAUGCUUGAUUUAUAACGAAUCAGGAAGUGAUAGAAGGGGGAGAAAACAUUAAAGACUGUUUAUUUGCAGGAAUUUUGAUCUGAACCGUGGUGUAUCUGGCCUUUUUAGUCAAAAAUGGGUAACCGGGGUAUGGAAGACCUUAUUCCCAUCGUGAAUAAACUUCACGAUGCAUUUUCAUCUAUUGGAAUGACAUCGUUUAUCGACUUGCCGCAAAUAGCUGUCGUCGGAGGCCAAAGCGCCGGGAAAAGCAGUGUGUUGGAGAAUUUUGUAGGCAGGGACUUUCUUCCACGAGGCUCUGGAAUUGUGACAAGGCGCCCUUUGAUUUUACAGCUUAUUAACAAUAAAUCAGAGUAUGCUGAGUUUCUGCAUUGUAAAGGAAAAAAGUUUGUUGAUUUUGAUGAAGUUAGAAAAGAAAUUGAAGCAGAGACUGAUCGCAUCACUGGUUCAAACAAAGGAAUCUCAAGUGUACCAAUCAAUCUUAGAGUUUACUCUCCUCAUGUUUUGAAUCUUACGUUGAUUGAUUUGCCGGGCAUGACCAAAGUUCCAGUCGGAGAUCAGCCAGCAGAUAUUGAAAUGCAGAUUCGUAAUAUGCUAAUGGAGUUCAUCACAAAAGAAAACACCUUAAUCCUUGCAGUAACACCAGCAAAUUCAGAUCUUGCCAACUCGGAUGCCCUCAAGAUCGCUAAGGAGGUUGACCAAUCAGGUGCUCGUACCAUCGGUGUGAUAACUAAACUUGAUUUAAUGGACGAAGGAACCGACGCCAGAGACAUCCUAGAAAACCGACUGCUUCCACUAAGGAGAGGCUACAUAGGUGUUGUAAACAGAAGUCAAAAAGAUAUUGAAGGCAGGAAGGACAUCAAAGCUGCUUUGGCUGCUGAGAGGAAGUUUUUUCUAAGUCAUGCAUCAUAUAGGCACUUGGCAGAUAAGAUGGGCACUCCAUAUUUACAGAAAGUUUUGAACCAGCAAUUAACCAAUCACAUUCGAGACACUUUACCGCAACUACGGAGCAAGCUUCAGUCUCAACAGUUGUCACUGGAAAAAGAUGUCGCAGAAUAUAAAAACAUGAGUGCAGAUGAUCCAGCAAGAAAAACAAAAGCAAUGUUACAAAUGGUUCAGCAGUUUGGUACAAGCUUUGAGAAGAUUAUUGAAGGUUCUGGAGAUAAAGUUGAUACAAGUGAAUUAUCUGCUGGUGCAAAAAUUAACCACAUCUUCCAUAAACGCUUCCCAUUUGAAAUUGCUAAGAUGGAGUAUGAUGAGAAAGCAUUGAGACGGGAAAUUAGCAUCACAAUCAAGAAUAUUCAUGGUGUCAAAGUUGGUUUGUUUACUCCCGACAUGGCCUUUGAAGCCAUUACCAAGAAACAGAUUAAAAGGUUAAAGGAGCCUGCCCUCAAAUGUGUUGAUAUGGUAGUUACAGAGCUAAACAAUGUUGUCAGGUCAUGUGGAGAAAAGAUGGCACGCUACCCUAAGCUACGGGAAGAGACAGAACGCAUUAUAACAACACAUGUGCGUGAGCGUGAACAGUGUACAAAGGAGAACGUGCUGUGUCUGUUGGAUAUUCAACUCUCCUACAUGAACACAAACCAUGAAGAUUUCAUUGGAUUUGCUAAGGCUCAAGCGAUUACAAAGAGGCCAACAGCAAAGCAUGGUCUUCAAGCACCUCGCUCCUUGGCCACUCAGGUUAUUCGCAAAGGGUGGAUCAGUUUGCAUAACAUCAGCUUCAUGAAGGGCGGUGCACGCGAUUACUGGUUCGUACUUACUGCUGAGAAUGUCAUGUGGUUCAAGGAUGAAGAGGAGAAAGAAAAGAAAUUUUACCUUCCACUGGACAAUUUGAAGCUAAAAGAUUUAGAACAGGGAUUCAUGUCAAAGAAGCAUGCAUUUGCCCUGUUCAAUCCAGAACAAAGGAAUGUAUAUAAGGACUAUAAGCAAUUAGAACUGUCAUGUGAGACCCAGGAGGAGGUUGACAGCUGGAAAGCAUCAUUCUUAAGAGCAGGUGUGUAUCCAGAAACAACAAAUGGUGAUGAAAAUAAUGAUGACCAUUCCUCAUCACAAAUGAGUGUCAUGGGUUCAAUGGAUCCUGUCCUGGAAAGACAGGUGGAAACUAUCAGGAAUUUAGUAGAAUCUUAUAUGGCAAUUGUCAGUAAACAGAUCCGUGAUCUCGUACCAAAAACACUUAUGUUCCUUAUGAUCAAUGAUACCAAGGAAUUCAUAACAGCAGAGCUACUGGCCCACUUGUAUUCUUCUGGUGACCAGAACGGAAUGAUGGAAGAGUCUGCAGAGGAGGCUGAACGUAGAGAAGAGAUGAUCCGGAUGUACCAAGCAACGAAAGAGGCACUGAAAAUCAUUGGUGAUGUCAGUAUAAAAACCAUAUCAACACCAUUACCGCCGCCUGUCAAGAAUGAUGACCUCAUUAAGCCAUUCUCCAAUGGGCCUACACCAGCACCACAACCAGGAGGAAGGAGGCCCCCUAGGCCUGCUGGUCAUGCAGCUCCUCAGCCAUCUCGAACAGUCCCUGCCAGGCCAGAUAUUCCAAGUAGACCAGCUCCUGGUGUCCCAAGACGACCUGAUAAUAAAGCAGCUCCGCCUGUUCCUGGACGACCCCGCUAAAUUGUUGGUUAACUUGUUGAAAGCUUGAUAUUAAUAAAUAAGAGAGUUGUGAUGUGAACAGUACGAGUAAUAGUAGAUUCCCCGAAUUCUAGACUAUCUAGUUAUGCAUCACAGAGUGGGGGAUAUCAUGUGAUCCUGAGAUUAGCAGUGGCCACACAUCAUGACAAAUAUCUUACAUCUUGUUGUACUGUGUAACCGGUAAGGUUUCAAAUUCAAAAAGGAGUCUCAUUAAUGUGCUAAUACAUAAAGGCAUGGAAAAAAAAGGCCAUGUCUGCUUCCAAAUAUGGUAUGCUAUUGGAGACCUAAGGUCACAACCACCACAUGUGUCUAUGUACUAGGAUUGAAUGUGUGAACUGUCAAAGAUGCGUUUGUUUGUUGAUAUUACAGAGCAGGUAGUUACAAAAAUAAAAGAAUAUAUAUUUUGUUUGACUCUGUUACGUCAACAAUGUUAGAUAUCUUUUUAGUCUGGUCAAGUUCCAUUUUGUUUUCGCGAUUGUCUUGGUCAGUUGCCUGUGUUUAUAGCUUCCUUUCCCACCUCUCUCCUAUUUAUUACAAGGAUGUGCUAAUAACAAGGUAAUCUGUUUAAAAGAAUACUCCACAUGCACUCAUUUUUUUUUAUGUAGAAAAUAUUCUUGAUCAUCAUGAUAAUAUAAAUAAGAUUUCCAUUUUUUAUAUCUUGAAUUAUAAAUAUAACUAUGAUGUAUUAUAUUAUAUAGAUUUUUUUUAUUUUAAAUUCCAACCAAGUCUCUGAAAUUGUGAUUAGUAUUCAAAAGAUUUGAAAGCUUUUACUUUACAAGAGAAUUUACCCCAAUUAUAAUUUGAGCAUAUGUAUAUUGAGUGGACAAGUUUCUUCAAUAGAAAUAAUUUGAUUAAUAAAUGGUGCAUAACAAAUUUGCAUUAAAAUUAUGUUUAUAACAAAAAUUUGUCAUUCAGUGUAGUGUUUGAAUAUUAUUAAUGGCAUCUUGAAAAGCAUUAGUGCUUACAAUAGGCGAUGAUGAUGGACGUUUCCAAAGCAAUGAUUGAAAAGAAAGAUCUUAAUGAAAAGAAAGAUCUUAAUUGUUAUAACCAUACAUUAGAAUAAACAAAAAAUGUUUGAAGCAAUAUUUGAGAUAUUUAACAUGUCUUUUAACUUGUAAGAAAUAUAUUUGAUAUAAAAGUCAUUAGAAACUACCGAUCAUAUUCAAUUUUUAUCAUCUCAAAGAGAGAUUUGAUUGGUUGAUCAACUUUUGAAAGCAGUACAGUACUUGUUUUUAUAGUAACAUCAUGAGAUGUUCAUUCACAUUGUUUUGUUUUGUUUUGUUUUAUAUGGGAAUAAUUGACACACCUGAUUCCACUACAAAUUGUGGGUUACAAAUUAAAAAAACAGUAACAUUCUUGAAACUUCAUUUAUCAUGUUCUUGCGAUUGGUUCUACUAAUACUUACCGUAAAUGCUCGAAUAAAUGCCACUCUCGAAUAACCGCUGCUCUUGAAUAAUGCUGCACCAAACCUGAUUUUUUUCACAAAACUCUCAAAUAAGCGCCACGGUGCUUAAUUUAGAGUAUAAAUUGCCCUGUGGGUAAUGAAACACUUUAAGAAACAGGGUUUUAAUAAAUAAAUAAUACAAUGAAGACACAAGCAUUUCUUUAUCAACGUUUAUUUACAAUGACUCAGGACCUACGAUAGGCCUACUGAACUGUUUGGGAAUACGCGAGAUGGGAACGGGCAAGAAAAACGUAGCGCCAAUAUUUUUUUAAGCGCUGCUCUCGAAUAAGCUCCGCACUGAAGCCUCCAAAAAUUGUAUGUGCCGCGGUGCUUAUUCAAGCAUUUAUGGUAUAUAGAUUUACUUCCUGCCAGAUCAUUGUAAGUCUAAAGCUUGGUUUCCAUACAAUCGCUACACUGACGCUACAGCAUUUUCAGUGCAAUCGUUGUACUGUGUAGUUAUCCAUGACACAUUUGGGUUAGCUCCCCGAUUCAACUGACCAAUCAGCAUGCAGCGAAUAUAUGAAAAGCUUUAGCAUAUGAUAUUUGUAACUGCUAGCCAGGGGUCCCACAGUUGUAGAAGUCUCCUCAGGACGAUCCUUGUAUGAGCUUUUUUAGACAUGCUUCUGUCCAUUACACGUUGGUUAGCACUAAACAGUGGUUGGCACGGGGCUAAUGGGUCCCUGCUUAAAUUUCCAUUUUUGGAGAAGACAAACAAGACUGUAGUUUGUUUAAAUUGUUUAUUUCAUUUAUUUUUUGCCAAGGGCAAUGACUACUGACUUUAAGGCGGCGGUUGAGAAUAUAUUUGUCAGAAUACGGUACAUUCUAGAAUAUUGCUUGCCCACGGGAGUGCAGAAGAAUAUGUAAAAUUACACAAGGGUUGGGACCCCUGCCUAACUAGCUCAUACAUUCCUUGCAAUUCAAGGAGCAAGUUGGCAUUCAAGAGGCAUUUGUAUGAAUUCAUACUUUUGUCAGCCUACUCAGUAAAAUUAGUAUUCUUGUCAAUUGUUUUUGUUUAUUCUAGACUCUUUGCAGAAGAAUAAAAAAAAAAAACCAUGUCUUCUCUCUGGGCCUUGAUACAUAUUAAAAAUGUGGAAUGAAAGAUUUUAUUCAUUUGUAAUGGAUUAUUGGGCAAUAUUUUGCAUUAGGUUUGGACAACAUGGAACCUAACCUUACAGUAGUAAAAAGUUGUUCGAUAUUUGAAUAAAAAUAAAGAAUGUGUUUAUUUGUAUUAUGAUGUAAAUAUAAGUGUGAACUAUAUCUUGAGGCAUUGAUAAAUAAUAAAUAAAUAUAUAAAAAGUAUUACUGA